AUGUAUCACCUCGCCAAGGGUCUCUACCGACUGGCCACCAGCAAGGAGGAAUACUCUGUCCUCCUCCUCGGUCUCGACAACGCAGGCAAGACAACAUUCCACGAGCAAGUUAAAUCCAUUUACCUACCCGACAACCCACCUCCUAAACUCAAAACCGUCCCGACCGUUGGACAGAAUGUAUCGACUAUCACGCUACCAGACAUGUACCUCAAGCUGUGGGAUGUUGGCGGACAACUAAGCCUGCGCAAGCUCUGGCAAAGUUAUUACGCCAGCUGCCACGCAAUCGUGUUUAUCAUCGACAGCACUGAUAUCGGCGACGGUGAUCUGGAGCAUGAAAACAACGGGCGUCUGGAUGAAUGUCGAGCGGUGCUUGAAGAUGUGCUGCAGAACUCGGAUGCGGAGGGAGUCCCGCUGUUGAUCCUGGCCAACAAACAAGACCGCGAAGACUGCGUUGAAGUGGUUCGUAUCAAGGAGGGGUUGGUCAAACGCGUUUUCGAGGGUGAGAAGUCCGGCGGCAUCCGUGACUCUCGGGUGUUGCCUGUGUCUGCCCUCACGGGGACAGGCGUCAGGGAGGCGAUUGACUGGAUUAGGUCAAGAGUCAAAUGGAACAAGGAGAGCCGGCCACCUGUUAUGAGGUGA